UAAGUUGAGGUUAGAGGUGAAAGGUUUUCUGGAAGAGGUUGACAGCUGUUGCUAACGUGCUAACUUUCAUUUGGAGCUGUUUUUAAGUGUCUAAACGCAUAAAAUGGCAGAUGAUCAAGGAGAUGAAGUAUUUACUCUGCCGUCUAUCUUAGUCACAAGCUGUGAUUCCAGCUUUAAAGAAGAGGAGCUCAUUAGACAGAUCUUGGGCUCAGAAUCACUGCCACAAGCUACCAAAAUAGAGGAAAGAGUUUCUUGGUUUCCAUGGACAAUUAACAACAAAUACUACACAGCAGAAGUCAAUCUAUGUGUUGUUUCAAGUAAAUUUGACAUGAAUGCAGAGGUUGCCCGGUCUAUGCAAGCAUUCAUCGUUUAUUUUGACAGCAAAACUAAAGACGCCCUUAACAAUGUCAACUCUUGGUUAUCAGUAGUGGAGGAACUGGCUCCAGAAGUGCUGAUACUAGUUUGUGACCAUGUGUGUGACAGCGGUGUUAGCAGACAGGAAGCCCAGCAAUGGUGUCUGGCUCACGCAUUUGAAUUAGUAGAGCUCAACCCUGAAGAUCUACCCGAUGAAGAUGAUGAUUUCCCAGAGUCCACAGGAAUAAAAAGAAUCCUGCAAGCCCUCAAUGCCAACGUGUGGUCCAGUGUCGAGAUGAAAGAUGUACAUAAUCAGGGAUUUGGGCUAAUGAGCAGCCUGGUGGCCUCGCGUCACAACAACCCACGGCCCAGUCAAGAGACACUGUCCUCUCAUUCCCCAUCCAACAGUACAGAUGAAGGCACUGAGAGCCAGAGAGCUGAGAAUAACCAGAAUAAUGCAGUGGACACAGUAGUUGAUCCCAUGAUUGACAUUGAUAUCCAAGAGCUGGCUAAUCUAACAGCUGGCGAUGCAGAUGUGGAGAAUUUUGAACGACUCUUUACUAAAUUGAAAGAGAUGAAAGACAAGGCCUCUUCAUUGCCACAUGAACAGAGGAAAGUGCACGCAGAGAAGGUUGCUAAAGCAUUCUGGAUGGCUAUUGGUGGAGACCAGGAUGAGAUUGAGGGCCUGUCAUCAGGGGAGGAGAGUUAAUGCCUGAGUUACUCUUAACCAGCUUCCACUGUUGAUACUCAUCCAACCCUUCGAACCCCGUCAUCCCAAAUCUGCUCAGCCCAGUCCUGUCCUGUCCCGCCCGAAAAAUUAAGAUCCGGCAAGAGGAACAUGAGGAGCUAAAACAGCAACUGAGAUUUUCUGCUGUUACUAUAAUAUAAACAUCCAACUCCUCAGUCAGGCAGUACAGUGUCAUUAUGGGCUUUUGGCUUUAAACAUUGUAAUCUCAGAGCCAUUGAAUGGGUUGCAGGGGGCAAGAUUGUUAUCUUGUAUGCUCUCUGCUUCAGUGCAAGCAACAUACGAGGAUGAAGCCUAUGGUUCUGUCAAAAGUUGUAAAUCAUAUGACAGAUGAGCUGACAAAUGAAUUAUUUAUAAACUUAUUUUUCCUUGUGUACUUGAUACAAGUCACAAUUACGGACUAUGCUUGAGCAUGUCAUUAGCUCUUCAUCAAUUAAAAUAAUAAUCUGUCGAAUCAAUUUAGAUGUUCUUUUCUUUUGUUGAAAAAUAGAAUUUUACGUGAAAUAAAACAACUCUUUACAAAAGAAGCAAAGGCAGUGCAAAAACCGAUGCUCUUAAAACAUUUUAUUAUUAAAACGUACAUAAAAGUCAAUAUAACAGGGAAGUCUUCGUGAGUGUACGUUACAGAAAAGCAAAAGGGGAAAUUCAGGGAAAACAAGAAUUAAGCACCAGUUUAAGAAUAUGAAUUGAUUAACUGACGCUAUUAGACAAAGAAUGUAUUUGCUUCCAAAUCAAGAAUGCAAAGAAAAUAAAUGGGUUAUAAGGAAUAUUCCAGCAUAAAUGACAAAUAUAAAUAAUAUCACCAGUCCAUUGUGUGCUUUGGCCAAUGAAGAGCUGGCAAGAUUCAGAAUUAAACACAAGCAUCAGUUGUUCCAUGAAAUAUCCAUUUGAUUUUCAAAAUCAAGCAAAGAUUGUCAAGAUUUUCAUGAACAAUGAUUCAGUGCUUAUUACUUGGGAAACCAGAAUAAAAUGAGAAAUGCUUACGGACUGCUGAUUUCUGACCAUGCAUCGAGUUGGAUGUUAAAUGUCAAUAUUAACAAAUUCAGGGAUUAAAUAACCUGAAAAGCAAAGUGUACAAAUAAAAAUCUAGCCAUUUA